AUGGAUUUUCUUAUAAAUAAUUCAAAAGUUUUUAUAAAAAAUAAAGAAUAUGUUUCAAGAAUAAUAAAUGUAUUAAGUAAUGAUGGAGCAAAAAACUUAACAGUUAUCUCUGACUUUGAUUAUACCAUUUCCCGUUUUCGUGAUGACAAUGGAAAUCAAAAUUUAACUACACAUCAAUUAUUUAAAAAAGGUACAGAAAUUUCAAAUCCUAAUUUAGGACCAAAACUUUCAAAAUUAUUUGACAAAUAUUUUCCUAUAGAAUUUUCAAAUGAUUUAACUAUAAAAGAGAAAAUUCCUCAUAUGGAAGAAUGGUGGAAUUUAUCACAUGGUGCUAUCAUUGAUGAAAAACUUGAUUAUGAUUUUAUUGUUAACAUUAUAAAAUCUAAUAAAUUAGAAUAUCGUUAUAAGUUUUGCGAAUUAGUUAAACGCCUAAACUAUUUAAAUGUACCUUUUGUAAUUUUUUCUGCUGGAAUUGGAGAUGUCAUUGAUAUAUAUUUAAGAAAACAAAUAAAAUUGAUAGAAAAAAAUAUUUAUAUUAUUUCUAAUUCAAUGAUAUUUAAUAAUGAUAAUAUAUGUGUUGGUUUUUCUGAGCCAUUAAUUCAUACAUUUUCUAAAAACAGUUCAGUUAUCAAAAAAAGUGACCCUCUUAGGAAUGUGGUAAAAGAUAGAAAAAAUGUUUUAUUAAUGGGAGAUUCAUUUGGAGAUAUCACAAUGGAAGUCAAUUCUGAACGUAAAGGUAAUACAUUAAAAGUAGGAUUUUUAAAUAUUAUUGAUAAUAAUCUUCUUGAAAAAUAUAUGAAUUUUUAUGACAUCGUUUGUGUUGACGAUCAAACAAUGGAUGUUCCUUUUUAUAUAAUAAAGAUAAUUGAAAAUGGUGUUUAUGUUGAAGAAAUGUAUAAUGUUGUCAUUUAA